CCGAUCGCCAGGCCCCGCGCGCGCCACUCGCACAACGCGACUCUUCCUCUCGUUACUCAUCCGAUCACUGAAUUUUACUCGUCCGUUCACUUCGUUAUACAGUGCUUCUGACGGAGAUACUUUUUUAAAUCUGGAUAUCUUCAUGGACCCGUUCAUGGUGAUUCGAGCAGGGACGUUUCGUAUUUCUCGACUAGUGUGAUCAGGGUGCAGAUGUUCCUGGUGAUGCUGUAUUGAGUUCUGUAACAGUAUCACAGGGUGGUUCUUAACAUUUUCAUAUUUUUAUGCUUUAUGAAAUUGUGCUAUCUGCGAUGGCCUUGGUGGUGUUACCAUUUAGGCAGUUUUACUUUGUAAUAUAUAUUUUCUUACCCUUAUGGCAGGUUACGUAGCAGAGAUAGAGGAUUAUUCAGACUGUGGAUUGUUCUUAAGAUUCGUAAUAAUUCUAGGAUUGGUCUUGUUUACCGGUUUAGGAUGUUAGGUGUUGUAUGGUAGUGUUACAGAUUGGGCUUGCGAGUGACAAGGAUCGCAGUAUUACCUUGGUUAUAACCUCAAACUUCUUGACUGUUAAAGGACACUCUUGUGGUCUUGAUCUUAUAUAUAGGGAUUUGAUGGAAUUCUCUGGAUCUUAUGCUGUUUUUGUAUCAGUAAUAUUAUGUUACCACAAGGUUUGGAAAGCUGUGGAUGAUGAUUAACUUUGUUCUUAUCCUUUUUAUGAUGAAGCCAAUUCCAUUCUUCAAUAGGCAUUUGGAAGUGCACACUACCUUUCUUUGUAAAAGAUUUUGUAUUUUCAGAUAUUCCUAUGGAUAACUGAACAUUGUUUGAAGAUACAAUAAAAUUGCAUUUAUACAAUAUAAUAAUACUUUUUCUUCAAAUACUUCUGCCUGGUGGACUCUAUAUCAUCAUCCUGAAGAUUGUUUUUCAAAAAUUCCUGAACUUAUCCAAGGUUUUUGUAAUAUCAUUAAUGUAUCAACUGAAGGAUCUUAGUGUGGUCUGAUCAACACAUAUAAUAAAGUUGUCGACAUGGGAGCUGUUGUGGAUGUCAUCACGGCCCUGGAGAAGACGGCGAUCACCAAAGAGGUGCUUGAGAUCACAAGGCUUGGCAAGUACAUCAAUGAGCUCCGACGUAAAACUAGCAACGAUGCUUUGGCGAAACGUGCAAAGGACCUGGUUCGUCGAUGGCGAGACAUGGUGUUGCCAUCGGCACACACCACGCCGCAACCGACGCCGGCGGACCCGGCUCCGCCAGCCCUCAAUGGUGCGAAACCUCAUAGCCCUGCCCUGAGAAGCCUAAAGCCACAGAGUCCAGCAUUACGAGGACUCAAGCCCCAAAGUCCGCUGUCGAGAGAUGCCACACCUUUAAGGGUUUUGAGUCCGGCCCUCUCACUACACAGCGAACGCUCGCGAUCCCCGAACUCUCAGCAAACGCCAUGCAAACCAGUCACCGCAGGUAGUAACCACAGGUUGAGUCCUGGUGACUCGCCAAAGGUAGCAUCUGCGCGGGAUAAUCAUCUGGCCGAUGCGGUGCCAAGGACCCACAGUUCUAACAAGCGUCUACGAAAAGAAAAUACUGAGAAUGUACUUACCGCGGCAAGCCUGAUGCUGGGACAGGGUGAGCCGAUGGCGAAGAGACAACGUCUGAACGGCGAGAAUGUUUCGGUAACGGGAAUGAGUAGUAGCAUAACCUCGCAAGUGCCUAGUAACCCGGCGCUCAAGGAAAGAAUCUCCGAGCAGUCGGUCGAUAACACCCUGGACGAGGGUGACGGGAUCUCAGGUCCGAAGAAACGCGGCCGCAAGAAGGGCAGUAAAUCCAUGAAGAAACAGCCCCACGUAGAAGAUCGCGUCAAAGAGAAGCUUGCGAGUAUCUCGAGAAAUCCUAAGCUGAAAACUACCCAGGAACUCUUGGCAGAUCUGCAGGCAAGAGGCUCGACGAAUAACGCUUCAAGCUUGGGCAUCGAGGGUGGCACGUCACCUAGUCAAAGCAGCAAAGAACCCCCAAGUAUGGAGGAUGUCUUGAGGGGUAGCAGCGAGCACCAGGUGUCCAAAUACCUUAGAGCGACGCAGAGAGCAACGGAGUCAAGCAGAAGGGAUUCUCGUCGUAAGGCCAAUGACAAUGGUCAUGACACUCCCACGCCUUCCUCGAGGUAUCGCAGAGAGAAUGAGGGCCCGGAAGACAACACCGAGGAACGCAAAGGCAAGGAGAAGAGUCCUUCGAGAACGAGGCAGGACCUCACGGUAGAGGAGAUACUUGCGAAGCUACCGCCUUUGGAUCCGAAUUCUAUAGAUUGGACGGACUGGGAAGAAGAGGAGGUUCGCGAGGAGGAGGAUCAUCCUCCUCGAGAGGUUACCACCGAGGAUCUCGAGAGGUUACACACGAAAUGUAUAGAGGGCCUUAAUGGUAACUUCCAACCAAAACUCUCCUCGCUAACCUCAACUAUCAGCAACAACAUAACAUCAACAACAAACAGCGAUACUACCAGCGACGCAACUAAUAGUGAUAUUAGCAGUAAACCUGGAAGUUCUUCUGCUGAUGUUCUCCUUCAGGACUCGAGCAACCACCUGGACGCCGGCUACAGGAGUAACGACGGUCGUAGCGAUGUUGAAUUUCGGGAGUGGCACGAGAUGCUGGCCAGACCCAGCUAUAAUGGCCAGAUCCUCCACAUAUUGCCUUACGUUAUAAUUGAUUAGUAAUUAUUAUUCUUUAUUAUCCCACCAUUCUCAUCGACACAUAUUAUCACCAAACAACCAGACACCAUCGACAUCAUCAGCGUUUACGGGCGUUCACUGGCCCUGGAUACGCCAACGACCCUUAACAAGUUAGCUCCUUAUAAUCGGAUUAGAACAGUCAAAUACCGAACAGUGAGAAUGAAUGUUCCAGCAAGUUGCCUGUGCGUUGUUCUAUAUGUAUCCCAGGAGAGAAAGUGCGUGUGUUGUGUGUGUACCUGUGUGCGUGUAUGUGCGUGUAAGAGAGAGAGAGAGAGAGAGAAAGUGAAUGAAUUGUGAGAAAGAAGAGACAAGUCACUCGGAUCGAUGGACCGAUUGAUCCUCGGUUCCAUCGAUUAAAACGAUUUCUAUUACAAUUUAUCGAUCAUUGGUUAUUGCUGUCAUUAUUAUUAAUUAAUUAUUAAUUAUUAUAUUAUAAUAUCAUUGAUUAUUCAGUUGUGUCUAUAUUGAAUAUUAUUCGAGCAAGUCAGAUCUGCGGAUCGCUUUUGAGAUCUUGCUUUUUUUCAUCUUUCUUCUUUUUUGUUUUGGUUUUAUCUUCGAAACUCAAAGUCGCGGUAUCAUUGGUCGGAUUUCAAUGAUUUUUUUUUCUCCAAAAAUGGGGAUCUCCCCGUAUUUUCGUUUUGUUCUUUCUUUUCUUUCCAAAUUGUCUUUUAUCCUCAUUUGUUACUUUGAUUUCUAAAGCGCAUAUCCUCACUAUAUCUCAGUAUAAGGUCCCGCGUUGUGUCCUCAGCAUCUUGACACUCUGGAUGUGUAUCUUUGUUGUCCGAAUUAAGCGAUCCACCACGAUUCGUUUGCCUCGUUCUAUUCUGCCUCCAAGUUUAUAUCGUCAUCCCCUCUUCCUUCACCCCCCUUUGUACAUUAUCAACUCUUAUUUUUCCCAUUCGCGGCAACGAUUAACAUUAGUGUCACCAUUUUCUUGAACCGUGUACGUAGAAUAAGAACUGCUAAGUAGAGUUUCGUGGAGUCAUUAGCGAAUGAUUGUCCGCGGGCGUUUUUAAGUUAAGGGCGAUGUAAACAAAGAGAUAGAAUAAGAAGUAAGCAAGCCAGUCAAGAUACAGAAGGGAAACCAUACACACGGAGGAAGCAUGGGCGAGCGAAAUAGAAAGGAGAAGAGGGAAGAGAAGACUGGUGUGGAGUAACAAUUAAAGCGACAAACAAUUAUUUCAAUGUUAAUGUAGAUUGAACGUGGGAGCGCAAUUGUUAUAGCAAGAAGCAUUAGUGUCCAAGAUAAAUUUGUGAAUUGAGAAAGAGAGAGAUACCGAGAGAUUUAUGAAUUAUUAAUUAAGACUUCGGACAAUAGCGUAAUUGGCGAUAACCAAAGACGUAUCUUUCUUCUUCAAUUGUUUCUUUCAUUAUCUUUAUAAUCAGUACAGAACUACAACAGUACAUUGUCGUGUUUAGUGUCAGAAUCCAGGUUUUCUUUUGUUUUAUCUUUAACCUCCGUACCAUUCUGAUUCGAUUAUUUAUCUUUAAUUUUUCCUUUUUAUUAUUCGAUCUCAAUCAUGUGUCUUCUUCAUUAUGAAAUUAAUAUUCCGGCUUACGGUCAUCAGGAGGGUUGUCUAAUUUUUGACGGUAUCAUUCACUCCUGGUGUCAUUCUUUACCCAUUGUCCGAAGUAAUUGCUGUGUCAAUUCGCCGAGGUCAAGGAUCUCCUGGGGAUGCUCCUUCUCACCAGGAUACUUGGAACAAUAGGCGAAAUCUCGAGCAAUGCCCAUACACAGUGCUAGCCGAAUAAAUAUUUUUUCAUACUCGCCAAGAAAUCGACUCGUUAUUAAUUAUUUUUUUUGUUUGUUUUUCUUUUAUUUCAUUGACAUCGCGACCGAUGGUCGACAGAUCAUAGUUUUUCUGUUCCUUUUUCAAAAAAAUUUAAUAAUAAACUCUGCGACGUAUCAAAUGAUCGUGGAUGCUAACAAUGCAUUAUUGAUUUAUUGAUAAUUAUUAAUAAUAUUACAGGCAGCAGUGUACUGUCAUUGUACGCACAGUUAAUUGUACUGUGUGACAGAUGUCAAAUAUUAACUGGGAUUAUUCUUUCUCUCCCAUUGUUUAUCCGAACGAUUUUUAUAUACAUAUAUAUAGUUUCAACUUUCUGCUUUCAUUCUUUAAAUCAUCCCACAAUGACAGGUCGUAGAGUAAAUGACGAAUACUACUUUCCUUUUUUUUUACGAAAGUACAGAGAAGAGAAUAAUUCUUAGCCAGUUUCGUUUAAGAACGACCAGAACCUUCUCCGAGAAGAAUGCGCGCGAGUGUGUCUGUACGAGGGAAAAAGAGAAAGAGGAAAAACUAUAACGAAUAACGUCAUCGCUGUCACUCCACGAAAGACUGAAAAAUAGAUACGAAACUUACUCGCCAAUCUCGAGCUCGCCCCCUCCCCAAAGAAGCUCUAAGCGUGCUUCGCAUCUAGGAACCCCGAUGAGAUUGAAUAAUAUGUUUAGGAAAGCUGAAGAGAAUUUAGUUAAUUUUUCACUCCACACGACGAACGUAUUCCCAUGUCCACGUGUGCCGCAGUGCAUCAGGUGGGCUCCGACUCUGACUAUUCCUCACAGUGAACGGACGGAGCUGUACGUUUCCGUUAGACAAGAUACUCUCGCAGAAGACUUCUUUUACAUAUAGCUGGGACAUACACUUUGGGUUCUCGAUGACGAAGGAAAAGAAAAUUUCGUUGACCUUUCUUUCUCUUAGGGUUUUUGUUCGUAAUCACCAGUUCGAAAAGUAUUACGCGAAACUUGCCGUUCCGCGGGACUUCGUACGAGACGUUCAGGAUGACGCGUUGGACUAUGACGACAAAGACGACGAAGGACAGAAACGGCGACGCGCGAUCGGAUUCCUUGUGACGUAAGACCCGUGCCUUUUGUGCCUCCGCAUGUUUUUUAUUAUGAAUAUUGAAUAUCGGCAUUCGACUAUAUUAUAUUACCGGACGAACAAAGUGAUAUAUGUAAUGCGAAAAGAACCAAAUUUAUUCAAAGUCGAAGAGUUGAUGCAAAAAAAAUACGUUAUAUGUAAUUACGAUGUAGCAGAGAAGAAUGCGUGGGCGUGCAUGGGCUUUUUAAGGUGUGCGACUGCAGAUGGGUGAUUUCAUGACGAUUAGAAUGACGAUGGAUACUUUGCAAGGGAAGCUUGUAAGGAGAAUGAGGAAGGAGCGAAUUGCGAAUGACGACGGUUGACCGAGAGUGAAAAAGCUGUACAAAUGAAAGGGGAAAGAAAAGAAGUUGAUGAGAAAUAAUAAUAACUCGAUUAAUAACAAUUUAUUUAGAUUUAUUUAAUCGAACGUGCGAGACACGCCUGCUGAAUCGAUACUUUGUUAAUUAAUGGAGCAAAAAGAGCGGUACGCGAUACGUAAAUAUUCGGCAAACGCAUUCAAAUUACUGUUCGCGCCACUUUCGAGGCAUCCAGAUAAUAAGUGGAUUAAUAAAAUUUUCAAAACACUA